AUGGGAGACAACAUACCAGGAGGAAUAGUCGCAGCUGCAAAGAACCGGCUGCAGGUGGUGAAGGGUUUGGAGGAUGUGGAGGUGUCUGAGUGUGAGAGCUGCUCCUUUGAGGUGACCCUCAACCUGGCCUACAUCGAGGGCGUGUGGAGCAGGGAUGGGAUGCAACUCAAGUCCAAGCCCAACUGUCGCAUCAGCAGGCACGGGAAGAAACAUUCCCUCAUACUGAACAGGGCGGCUCUGGGAGAUGCAGGCCUGUUCUUUUUCCAGGCUAAUGGCAUUCAGACCUCAGGCCAACUCAGUGUCAGAGCUAGGGACAUCAACAUAGUGAAGGAGCUGGAAGAUGUUGACACAACUGAGCGUCAACCCGUGAACUUCAUGUGUGAGGUCAAUCAGGUGGAUGUGGAUGGUCGUUGGCACCGAAAUGACAGCAGGAUCCGAUCUGGGCACAACAUCAAGAUCAGACACCAGGAUAAAACUCACACCCUGAUCUUUGAGUCAGUCAGGCCAGAGCACGCUGGAGAGAUCAGAUUCACUGCUGAGCGUGUGUCAUCCUAUGCAACUCUCACAGUUAGAGAGCUCCCGGUCCAAAUAGUGCGCCCUCUGAGGGUGAAGAUUGCCAUGUAUCGCCACCGGGGUCUGCUGGAGUGUCAGGUGUCACGACCCAAUGCUCAGGUCAGGUGGUAUAAGAACAGGAAGGAGCUCCUGUCCAGUAAGAAGUACCAACUGAUCAGCCAAGAUGUCUACAGGCAACUGACCAUCGACGACAUCUGCUCCUCGGAUGAGGACACUUACACCUGUGAUGCAGGAGAUGAUACGACCUCGUGUCAGCUUCUGGUGGAGGAGCAGGCUAUCCGCAUAGUGCGGGGGUUGAGCUCAGUGGAGGUGAUUGAGCCGAUGCCAGCACUGUUCCAGGCGGAGACCAGCCUGAAGUCGGGGAGGCCUCCACGAUGGACCCUGAACGGUGAGGUACUGGAGUCGUGUGCAGCGGUGAACAUCGACAGGGACGGCAAACUCCACAGUCUCUGCCUCACCUCCACGGACAGCUCCAUGUCUGGUCCCGUGGUCUUUGUAGCAGGCAAGAGUCGCUCCAAUGCUCAGCUCACUGUGACGGAGCGACCUCUUCAGGUUCUUCACCACUUGGACGAUGCAAAGGUGAAGGAGAACAGCUCUGUGACUCUGAGCUGUCAGUUCGCUCCUUCUCCCAGGGUGGUGCGGUGGUUUAAAGGUCGCACUGCUCUGAAGACCACAAACAAGUACAGCAUGAAGAGAGACGGGAAACGAGCAGAGCUGACCAUCCAUGGCUUGACUGGAAUGGAUGGAGGGCAGUAUCGCUGCAUGGCUGGAGGUUCACAGAGCACAGCACAUGUUGCAGUAGAAGUGCGAACGCUCAAGUUGGUCAAACACCUUGAGCCAAUGGAAAUUGAGGAGGAGGGUUUUGCCACUUUCUCAUGUGAGCUCAACUACGUGGUCGCCAACGUGGAGUGGCUCGUCAACAAUGUCCGGGUCUACUCCAGUGCCAUCAACAGGAUCCAGCACAUGGGCACAAUGCAUAGCCUCACAAUGAAGAAGCUGCAGCCUCAGCAGAGCAGGGUCACCUUCAAAACAGGCCUUCUUUCUAUGACUACAAUCUUAAAGGUCAAAGCACGUCCAGCAGUGUUCCUGAGGUCUCUGGAGGAUGCAGUAGGAGAAGAGCUGGGGGAGGUCUGUCUGCAGUGUGAGAUUUCCAAAGAGACAGUGACCCCUGUUUGGAGAAAGGAUGGUAUGGUACUGACGGCUGAUGAUAAACAUGAACUAGUCCAGCUCGGGAGGUCCAUGGUACUGAUCAUCCAUUCACUCAGCAAAGAUGAUGCUGGACACUAUACUUGUGACCUGGGGACCAGCCAGACCAAGGCUAAAGUGACAGUUCAUGACUUGCACAUCACCAUUGUUCAUCGUAUGAAGACAACCUCUGUCCUGGAGGGUGAAAGCUGCACUUUUGAGUGUCUCCUUUCUCACAAUCUCGACGAUGAAGCUUCCUGGACAAUCAAUGGCCAGGUGGUGGUCACCAACAGCCGUAUCCAGGUUAUCAACAAAGACCACAAGUAUGAGAUGACCAUAAGAGAUGCCAUGCUCACUGAUGCCGGAGACGUGGUCUUUACGAUUAAAGACCUCAGCUGUAGAACCAUGCUUUUUGUUAAAGAAAAGCCAGUGCACAUCUUCAGGGAGCUGCUGAAUGUGAAGGCGGUGCCAGGCGAGGACGCAGAGCUCAGCUGUGAAAUCACCAAACCAGAGGUCCCCAUCCGUUGGCUGAAAAAUGGUCAUCUGAUCAGACAGAGCAUGAAGUUCGAGAUGACUGUGGAGAAGAACUUGGCGCGGCUGGUGAUCAGGAACACCACCAUCAGAGACUCUGGAGAAUACUGCUGUGAGGCUGAGGGCGUUGCCUCCCGUGCUAAGCUGGAGGUUAGAGAACUCCAGCACACGUUUGCGAGGGAGUUGAGGGACGCGCGAGCAGAGGAAAAAGCUAAAGUGACCCUUGAGUGUGAGACCAGGCAGCCAGCCAAGUGUGCCACCUGGUUGAAGGGAAUGGUGGAGCUGAGGUCUGGAAGGAAGUACGUCCUCAGGCAGAAAGGCGUGCUGCUGUCUCUGACCAUCUCCUGUCUGGACAAAUCGGACACAGAUAUUUACACAUGUGACGUCGGUACCAUGCAGAGCCGGGCACAGCUGACCGUGCAGGGCCAAAAGGUUUUGAUUCUGGAUGAACUAGAGGACGUUGAGUGUCUCGAAGGUGACACAGUCACAUUCAGAUGUCGAAUCUGUCCCAGCGACUACAUUGGUGUUAAAUGGUACCUGGAUGAGACUCUGCUGUACACCAAUGAGCUCAAUGAGAUCCAGAUGGUUCCCGGAGGCUACAACACGCUCACAUUUAAACAGCUUGCCCGUAAAGACACUGGCACUAUUUCCUUCUCGGCAGGGGACAAAAGAUCGUACGCCUCGCUGCUUGUAAGAGAGAGGCGUCCCACCAUCAUUAAAGCACUGGAGGACUGUGAGGCUAUAGAAGGAGGUGGUUUGAUUUUGUUCUGCGUGACCUCAAAGCCGUGUCACAUCCUGUGGUACAAAGAUGGCUGCCUGAUGUGGAGCUCCUCCAGAUAUUCUGCCAGUCGCUCGGGCUGCGAGGCUCGACUGACAUUUCGAGAGGUGUGCAACAAUGACGCUGGGGUGUACGAGUGCAGUGCAGGAUCUGUUACUACUAGAGCUGUUGUAACUGUCAAAGCCAUUCCUGCAGAGUUCACCAAGAUCCUGAAAACUGUGGAGGCCAACGAAGGAGAGACCGUGACCCUGACCUGUGAGUACUCUCUGCCUGGGGUUCAGGUCAUCUGGAGGAAAGGCUUUGAGAGCAUCAGGCAUGGAGACAAGUACGUGAUGAAACAGAGAAGGACGAUCAACUCUAUAACCAUCAAAGCCCUGAAGCCCGAAGACUCGGGAGAAUAUACCUGUCAGUGCCGAGAUCACCGCACAACUGCCAGUGUCAAAGUGCACGCUAUUCCUAUUUCAUUCAUACAACAACUGAGGAACACGCAGGCAGAGGAGGGCAACAAUGUGACAUUGCGCUGUGAGCUGUCCAAACCUGUGAUAACAUUUGAAUGGAGGAAAGGAGACGAGCUGUUGAGGAACGGGAUCAAGUUCCAGAUCAAGAGGUGGGAGACCACACUGGAGCUUCUGAUCUGGAAGCCUGUGCAUGAGGACAGUGGGGUCUACAGCUGUGUGUGUGCUGAUCAGAUGACAUCUGCCACCGUCAAAAUCACUGCUCUCCCAGUCACAUUCAAGCAGAAGCUGAGGAAUGUGCUGAUCGAGGAGGGCAGCACGGCGACGUUCCGCUGUGAGCUGUCCAAGCCUGGUCAUACUGUGGAGUGGAGGAAGAGAGGGGAGGAUCUCAUCAGGAACGGAGAGAAAUAUCAUAUACGGCAGAGAGACAUGCUGAUUGAACUGAGGAUCCUCGAUGUGACGCCUGACGACAGCAACAUCUACACAUGCAUCUGUGGAAACAUAGAGACGACUGCAACUCUGAAUGUAAAUGCUCUUCCAAUCACCUUCAAGCAAAAGCUGAAGAACCUCCAAGUUGAGGAAGGAAACAACUUCACAUUGUGUUGUGAGAUCUCUAAACCUGGAGUCCCGGCGGAGUGGAGGCUCGGAGGAGACGAGCUAGAGAACGGAGAGAAGUACCAGAUGAAGCAGAGGGACAGAGCUCUGGAGUUGACCAUAAGAGACGCUGUGCCAGAGGACAGUGGUGUAUACACCUGUGUGUGUAGAGAUCAGAGGACAAAGGCCACUGUGAAGGUUAUCGGUGUUCCUGCCACAUUUAAAAUCAGCCUGAAGAGCCAGGAGGCAGAAGAGGGGAGCAGUGUGACGUUACGCUGUGAGCUGUCCAAGAAGGGCGUCCUGCUGCAGUGGCAGAGAGACGGUCAGGUUCUUUCUGAGGAGAUGUCUCGAGGGAGGUACCAGAUGAAAGUAGAAGGAAAGACGGCUAUGUUGACCUUUCUCAGUGUCCAGCCAGAGGACGCAGGGAAGUACAGCUGCAUCAUGGGGGACGAGAAAACCACAGCUGAAGUCAAAGUGAAACCACAACCUGUGACAUUCAAGCGAGAGAUCCAGCGUCUGGUGGCGAAGGAAGGGGACAGCGGUGUUUUCUGCUGUGAGCUCAACAAACCUGGAGCUCCAGUGGAGUGGAGGAAAGGCAGAGUUGUCCUGAAGCCCGGACAGAAGUAUGAGAUGAAGCAAGAGGGACGUCUCACUAAACUGGUUAUCAACAGUAUAGAGGAGAGUGAUGCUGGGAAAUACACCUGCCAGACUAAAGACAGCCAGUCGACUGCUGAGCUCACCGUGCAAGAAUCCCAUGAGCGCAGACGUCAAAGAGGUUUAUCACCAAGUUUCAAGAUGCCACUUGUCAACCAGGAGGUGACGGAGGGAAACAGUGUGGUUCUGCACUGUGAGCUCAACAAACCUGCCCCGUCAGUGGAGUGGACGAGAGGAGGUGAGCCGCUGAAGAACGGAGACAAGUAUCAGAUGAGGAAGAAGGAGCUCCAGGUGGAGAUGAAGAUUGUGGACCUCAGUCUGGACGACAUGGGAGAUUAUAGCUGUUGGUGUGGUGACCAGAGCACAACAGCAAGCAUCCUGGUGAAUGAGCAGCCCAUCAAAUUCCUUCAAGAACUGAAAAAUAUCCAGGUGCAGGAGGGUAACGGGGUGACACUGUGCUGUGAGCUCUCCAAACCGGACACUCCUGUGCAGUGGAAGAAAGGAGACAGUGUGUUGACCAGCGGAGAGAAAUACCAGAUGAAGCAGAACGGCUCCACGCUGGAGCUGCUCGUCAGGAAAAGCCAGCCUGAGGACAGUGGCACAUACAGCUGUGUUUGUGAAAACAUGAAAACCACUGCCACCAUCAUCAUCACUGCGAUUCCGGUGACUUUCAAACAGAAGUUGAAGAACCAGGAAGCCGUGGAGGAGGGCAGCGUGAUGCUGCGCUGUGAGCUUUCCAAACCAGGAGUCCCAGUGGAGUGGUGGAGGGAUGCUCAGCUUCUGAAGGAGGGAGACAAAUAUCAGAUGAAGCAAGAGGGCAGGAUGGCUGAGAUGCUGAUUAGAAAUGUAACCCUCGCAGACUCAGGGGAGUACUGCUGCUCUGUUGGCACUGUAGUGACUUCAGCUGACAUCAAAGUAAGAGCGCUCCCUGUAACAUUUACACAAGAGAUUGAGAAUUUGGAAGUGAAGGAAGGGGACAGUGGAGUUUUCUGCUGUGAGCUCUCCAAACCUGGAGCUCCAGUGGACUGGAGGAAAGGCAGAGUUGUCCUCAAACCUGGAUACAAAUAUGAGAUGAAGCAGGAGGGACGUCGCACAGAACUGAUCAUCAACAACGUGGAGGAGAGCGAUGCUGGGAAAUACACCUGCAAGACUAAAGACAGCCAAUCAGCUGCUGAGCUCGCUGUCAAAGCUCCUCCCAUCAUGUUCAAGAUGAAAUUAAGGAGCUUGCAGGUGGAGGAGGAGAGCAGUGUGACACUGAGCUGUGAGUUAUCUAAACCUGGCCUCGCUGCGGAGUGGAGGAAAGGAGAGGAGCGUCUGACGAACAAUUUCAAGUAUCAGAUCAAAAGUCGAAACAGCAUCAUGGAGCUGACCAUCAAAAACUCACAGCUGGAGGACAGUGGACUCUACAGCUGUGUCUAUGGCGAUGCCAAGACUACAGCCAAUGUUACCAUAACACCGAUUCCCCUCACUUUUAAAAUGGGUCUGAAGAACCAGGAGGCCUCUGAAGGAGGCAACGUGUCCCUGCACUGUGAGCUGUCCAGGGCCGGGGUGCCUGUGCAGUGGUGGAAGGCCGAGGAUCAGCUCUCUCAAGGCGGGCGGUAUCGGAUGAUGCUGAAAGGAAAUGUAGCCGAGAUGCACAUCAAAAACGUCCAGCCGGAAGAUGUGGGACAGUACAGCUGUGUCUUUGGAGAGCAGAAGACGACCGCUGAAGUGAAUGUGCGAGCGGCCGCAUCCGUUUUCUUUGAGAAGGAGCUGGAGAACAAAGUGGUAAUGGAGGGGAAACCUGUGCUGAUGUCCUGUGAAGUUUCCAACGCUAAUGUCCCCGUCACCUGGAAGAGGGACAACAUUGUGGUGGAAGACGGAGGGCGAUGCAUUCUGAAGAAGAACGGCCCCACGCACUCUCUGGAGAUCAGGAAAUUGCUUCUGGAGGAUGCUGGAGAGUACUGCUGCAUCACCAGAGGCAAGAGGACCACCGCCAAGCUGGUCGUGAGGGAGCGCGUGCGGAUUGUAACCGGGCUGCAGGACGUGACGGUGACAGCAGGGGAGGACGCAGUGUUUGUGUGUGAGCUGAGCCAUGCUGAUGUGAGUGAAGGUGUCUGGUGGCUCGGAUCUAGCCCUCUGCAGAGCAAUGAGAUGAACCAGAUGACGUGCCGGGGUCGCGAGCACCGACUGGUCCUCACCAUGACAACACCUGAGGAAACGGGCACUGUGGCGUUUGUGAUUGGGGAAGAGAGGACCUCUGCCUGUCUGCUAGUGGUCACUAAGCCCAAAGUUUUAUUCGAGGAGAAGCCCAAAGACGUUGUGAUCAUGGAAGGAGAGACAGCCACCUUGUCCUGCACGAUCUCUGACUUUACCUCCACUGUUAUCUGGAGACGGAACCACAUUCCCCUUAGCAACAGUGAUAAAUAUGACAUACGUAAACAGGGAAAAGUCAACCUACUGCUUAUCCGUGACGUGGAGCCUCUGGAUACUGGCAUAUACUCCUGUGAUACGGGAGACAUGCAGAACACUGCCAAACUCAGCGUUACAGAGCUCCCUCCAUUCUUCCAGGAGGAACUGCAGAGUGUGGAAGCGAUGGAGGGAGGUUCGGCCUCGCUGUUCUGUGAGCUGUCUAAACUGGGAGUGCCGAUUCAGUGGAAGAAGAACAGGCUGCCGCUGAGAUCCAGCAGGAAGUACGAGAUGAAGCAGGACGGCUGCCUACUCCAGCUGCACAUCAAGGAGCUCAGACUUGAGGACAGUGGCAGCUACUCAUGUGAAGCAGGAAGUGUAGAGACCACUGCGACGGUGACAGUGAAAGAGCUGCCGCCAUUCUUCAAGAAAGAGCUAAGAAGAGUGGAGGCUGAGGAGGGUCGAGCAGCCUCCUUGUGCUGUGAGCUGUCUAAACCUGGGGUGUCAGUGCAGUGGAAGAAGAGCACCCUACCACUUAGAGCAAGCAGGAAGUACGAGAUGGAACAAGAUGGCUGCCUUCUUUAUCUUCAGAUCAAGGAGCUCACACCUGAGGACAGUGGCAGAUACACAUGUCAAGCAGGAGGUGCAGAGACCACUGCAACUGUGACAGUGAAAGAGCUCCCACCGUUUUUCAAAGAGGAACUGCAAAAUGUGAGGGCAGAGGAGGGAUGUUCUGCCUCCAUGUGCUGUGAGGUGUCUAAACCUGGGCUAUCAGUGCAGUGGAAGAAGAACAAUCUGCCAUUGAGAGCCAGCAGGAAGUAUGAGAUGAAAGAAGAUGGCUGCUUCCUCCAGCUGCACAUCAAGGAGCUCAAACCUGAGGACAGUGGCAGCUACACAUGUCAAGCAGGAAGUGUAGAGACCACAGCGACUGUGACAGUGAAAGAGAUCCAACCAUUUUUCAAUACAGAAUUACAUAAUGUGGAGGCAGAGGAGGGAGGUACAGCCUCACUGUCCUGUGAGGUGUCCAAGCCUGGUCUGUCAGUGCAAUGGAAGAAGAACAAACUUCCACUGAGAGCCAGCAGGAAGUAUGAGAUAAAGCAAGAUGGCUGCUUCCUCCAGCUGAACAUAAAGGAUCUCAAAGCUGAGGACAGUGGCAGCUACACAUGUGAAGCAGGAAGUGUAGAGACCACUGCGACUGUGACAGUGAAAGAGAUCCAACCAUUUUUCAAUACAGAAUUACAGAAUGUGGAGGCAGAAGAGGGAGGUACAGCCUCACUGUGCUGUGAGGUGUCCAAACCUGGGCUGUCAGUGCAAUGGAAGAAGAACAGACUGCCACUAAGAGCAAACAGAAAGUAUGACAUGAAACAAGAUGGCUGCCUCCUCCAGUUACACAUAAAGGAUCUCAAACCUGAGGACAGUGGCAACUACACAUGUCAAGCAGAAAGUGUAGCAUCCACUGCGACUGUGACAGUAAAAGGUGAGUGUGCAUUAGGAUUCUGACUGUAUCAGGACAUUCAUUUCAACAAGGGUUUCCUACAUAGACUGUAUUAUAAACCCUCCAACUUAAUAUCUAGAAAGCCUGGAGAAAAAAACGAAGUUUCAAAAAUGUUGGUUCCACUGAGGUUUGAAGCUUCAUCCAAUCCACAGAUGUUCGAUGCAGUUUGUUCUUGCUUUUUGUUUCCAGAACUCCUUCCAUUUUUCAAGACAGACUUACAAAGUAUGGAGGCUGAGGAGGGAGGUGCAGUCUCCCUGUCCUGUGAGGUAUCUAAACCUGGUCUGCUAGUGCAGUGGAAGAAGAACAGACUGCCACUAAGAGCCAGCAGGAAGUACAAGAUGAAGCAGGAAGGCUGCCUCAUCAAGCUCCACAUGGAGGAGGUCAAACCUGAAGACAGUGGCAGCUACACAUGUCAAGUAGGAGCUACAGAGACCUCUGCAACCUUGACAGUGAAGGAGCUUCCUCUAUUCUUCAACAAAGAAUUACAAAGUGUUGAAGCUGAGGAGGGAGGUGCAGCGUCGCUGUCCUGUGAGGUGUCUAAACCUGAAGUGUCAGUGCAAUGGAAGAAGAACAAUCUGCCACUGAGAGCCAACAGGAAGUAUGAGAUGAAACAAGAUGGCUGCCUUCUCCACCUGCACAUCAAGGAGCUCAAACCUGAGGACAGUGGCAGCUACACGUGUCAAACAGGAAGUGUGGAGACCACUGCGACUGUGACAGUAAAAGAGCUGCUGCCAUUCUUCCACAAGAAAUUAACAAAUGUGGAGGCUGAGGAGGGAGGUGCAGCCUCCUUGUCCUGUGAGUUGUCGAAACCCGAGGUGUCAGUGCAAUGGAAGAAGAACAAUCUGCCACUGAGAGCCAACAGGAAGUAUGAGAUGAAACAAGACGGCUGCCUCCUUCACCUGCACAUCAAGGAUCUCAAACCUGAGGACAGUGGCAGCUACACAUGUCAAACAGGAAGUGUAGAGACCACUGCAACUGUUACUGUCAAAGAGCUUGCACCAUUCUUCAAGAAGGACUUACAGAGUAUGGAGGUUGAGGAAGGAGGUAAAGGCUCCCUUUCCUGUGAGGUGUCUAAACCUGGUCUGUCAGUGCAGUGGAAGAAGAACAAUCUGCCAAUCAGAGCAAAUAGGAAGUAUGAGAUGAAAGAAGAUGGCUGCCUCCUCCACCUGCACAUCAAGGAGCUCAAACCUGACGACAGUGGCAGCUACACAUGUCAAGCAGGAAGUGUAGAGACCACUGCAAGUGUUACUGUCAAAGGUGUGACCGCAUAUAAAAUGUUUAACUCCCCCAAAUGUUUGUCCCCAGAACUCCCUCCAUUCUUUAAUCGAGAAUUACAUAAUGUGGAGGCAGAGGAGGGAGGUACAGCCUCACUGUCCUGUGAGGUGUCCAAACCUGGUCUGUUGGUGCAAUGGAAGAAGAACAAACUUCCACUGAGAGCAAACAGGAAGUAUGAGAUGAAACAAGAUGGUUGCUUCCUCCAGCUGCACAUCAAGGAUCUCAAACCUGAGGACAGUGGCAGCUACACAUGUGAAGUAGGAAGUGUGGAGAACACAGCGACUGUGACAGUGAAAGAAAUCCAACCAUUUUUCAAUACAGAAUUACAGAAUGUGGAGGCAGAAGAGGGAGGUACAGCCUCACUGUGCUGUGAGGUGUCCAAACCUGGGCUGUCAGUGCAAUGGAAGAAGAACAAGCUGCCACUAAGAGCAAACAGAAAGAAUGACAUGAAACAAGAUGGAUGCCUCCUCAAGCUGCACAUAAAGGAUCUCAAACCUGAGGACAGUGGCUGGUACACAUGUGAAGCAGGAAGUGUAGAGACCAGUGCAACUGUGACAGUUAAAGAGCUCCCUCCAUUCUUCAAAAAGGAUUUACAAAGUAUGGAGUCUGAGGAGGGAGGUGCAGUCUCCCUGUCCUGUGAGGUAUCUAAACCUGUGCUGUCAGUGCAAUGGAAGAAGAACAGACUGCCGCUAACAGCCUGCAGGAAGUACAAGAUGAAGCAAGACGGCUGCCUCCUCGAGCUCCACGUUGAAGCGCUCAAACCUGAGGACAGUGGCAGCUACACAUGUCAAGCAGGAAGUGCAGAGACGACGGCAGCUGUGACAGUGAAAGAGCUGCCUCCAUUCUUCAAGAAAUACUUACUAAGUGUGGAGGCUGAGGUGGGAGGUGCAGCUUCCUUAUCCUGUGAGGUGUCGAAGCCUGGAGUGUCGGUGCAAUGGAGGAAGAACAAUCUGCCACUGAGAGCAAAUAGGAAGUAUGAGAUGAAUGAAGAUGGCUGCCUCCUCCACCUGCACAUCAAGGAGCUCAAACCCGAGGACAGUGGCAGCUACACAUGUCAAGCAGGAAGUGUGGAGACCACUGCAAUUGUUACAGUGAAAGAGAAUGAGAAUGCUGGUCUCCCAGAGGCCAAACCUGUUCCUCCAGAGCCCAAAAAGAGAGCUAACAGGAAAGCAUCUAUUACAAAUUCAGAAAAAGAUGUUGAGCCAUUGAUGGAUCUGAAAAAGUCUCUGGGGGAGAAUAAAGAAGACCAAAAGGGAAACCAACUUGUCAAAUCUAUGGAGAACGACUUUGAUAUUGUGCACAAUAUAACACAACAUGAGAAGAAUGAGGAGAAAGCUGAUAAGUCUGUGAGUUUACUGGAGACGGAUAUCAGGCCAGUCGAAGAGCGAGAAGGAUCUUUGGAAUCAGAAACUGAAGUUUUGCUUGAGCAGAAACAACCCAGAAGGAUUUCAGAGGACGCAGUUCAAGCUGAUCUCAAAUUACGUCAGUCAGAGAAGAUUCUGGGUGACGCUGUGGUUGAACAGACAAAGCCGGUAUUAAUGUAUCAGGAAAAGGAAGGUGGUGUUGGGCCGAGCUUAAAACAACCAGGAAAGCCUUCAGAGGUAAUAAGUGUGGUUGAGAAGAAGGUGAUGCCUCCAGGAAUAAUCCAGUGGAAGGAUGGCGAGAAAGAGCCUGUGAAACUGCUAGAAAAGUUAAUUGGGAGAGAAACAAAGGAACAUGUGAAGUCUACAAUGAAGGAAGGUGACGAGACAGAAGAGGAACCUUUAAAACCACCAGUCAGAGCUAAAGCAAAGACAGCAGAGGGAAAACAAUCGUCUAUGUUUGUUGUGAAUAAAACUGAGAAGGUAAUUCCCCAUGCAUUAGAGACAACUGUCAACGAUUCACAGAAAGACCAAGAACAAAGAGAGAGUUUAAAACAACAAGAGGCAGGAAGAGAAACAAAGCCACUGGUUCAGGUUCCUGUUAAUCCCUUGGACAAAACUUCAGUAGAACAACAGGAAAAACCUUUAGAAAGAGAGGCUGAGGCUCCAAAACCACCUGUGAGGAUAAAAAGUAAAGCAAAGGGAGGAACAGACAGACAACUAUCAAGGGACACAGAGACAGUUCAUGAAGGACAAGAGCUAACAGGAGGUGUGCCGAAAAUAAAGGAUGAUCAGCCAAUACAGCAGUCAAUAAGACCUGUGGUUAAAGAGGUCAAAGAGAAGCCCAGAUUUGAGAGGAAACAAUCAAUAACAACCGACACAGACACGGACGAGAAAAUCAGGCAGCCUGUGAAAGCUUCAGAGAAAAACAAAACGACCAAACAGACGAUUAAACAACCGGUGAAACCCAUGAGAAAGGAAACUGAAGCUGACAAGGAAAGUAAAUUGGUAGUCGAGCCCACGAGAAGGGAGGAAGGGCCACAGACGAUGAGGAAGCUAGAGGAUGUUCCCCUUCUCUACAUUUCUGAGGAUGAAACUUUCUUAGAGGCUUUGACCGAGAUACCGGCGAACCACAGCAUGAUCCAGCCCAUUGGUUCUGUUACUGAGGGAUCAACCCAAUCCUCUAGUCCUCCUCCAGUUAAUGUCCCCGCGAAGACGCAACCAUCCGAGGAGGCUUCACCAGAGUUCGACAUCAGCGUCGAAGAUGAGCCACAAUUGAAAGAGGCUGCAGUCAAGAUCCAGGCUGCAUUUAAAGGAUACAAAGCCCGCAAAGACAUGCGACCUGUCUUCAGAGAGGUGUUCAAGAACCAGAGUGCAGAUGUUCAUAGCACACUCACUCUAGUGUGUGCUGUAGAAGGGAAACCCAGCACAGUGCGCUGGCUGAGAAAAGGCACAGAAAUCACUAAUGACCACCGCUGCCGUUCUAGAACAACAGCAAAUGGCGAGUUCACGCUGGUGAUCAAGAACCUGACCACCAGCGACAGUGGAAUCUAUACAUGUGAGGUGGUGAAUAAGUUUGGUGUAACCUCCUACAAUGGAAACAUCACAGUAGUGCAUCCUCAGCAGCCUGCUCUUGCAGCCCAGAAGACUGUACACCCACCGCUUGCAGCCAUAACUCCUCUGCAACUCGCAUCACCGACGGCCCAGAGUCCAGGAACGAUUCCAACUGCAGCUACAGAUGCUGCAAACUAUGUAGAAAGUGUGAGCGUCUCUCUGUGGGAGGCCUACAACCUGACGGAGCAGGAAAUACCAACGGGUCUGCAAGAAAGGAGAGGAUCAUCUCUUAUUGCUGCCAGCUCCAUGUCGAGUCCGUCUGAUUAUGACACAGCUCCUGAUAUAAUGGAACCUGUUGAAACUAGUCCUGCCGUUCCAAGGGAAGAACCAAUUUCAGAAGACCAAGUAUCUCCAAAGGGUGACAAAGAAGAGAUAGCUGCUCCACAACCUCCUAAGCAACUACUGAAGGUCAUAGGGGCUCCUGAUGGCAAAAUGAGGACACAAUCUCCAAAGCACCAUCGUGCCCACACACCCUUAGCUAGUACCGUCUCUGGAUCAGAAUCUGAAGGUGAAGAGGACAGCAGAGAGACGUUUGAAAUGUAUGUGGCUCGAGCGGACUGCAGCCCUAACAGUGGGAAUAAGGACAGUUUCAUUCUGAAGGAGGGUCAGUUUGUAGAGGUGCUGGACUCUGUUCAUCCUGACAGGUGGCUGGUGAGGACCAAGCCCACCAAAACUAGCCCGGCUCGACAAGGAUGGGUGUGUCCAGCCUACCUAGAGAAGAAGAGAAGGGAGACUUUCCCACAAGUUAGAGCACCUCAAGAGGAUCUUGAUGGAAUAGGGUCUUCAGGAGAAGAGUACAGGAGAGCUCUGAGUCAAUUGGUCCAAGGCCUGGUUGAUGGAGAGGAGGAGUUUGUGAAGGAGAUGAAGACAUUCACCUCUCACCAGCUGAAUUAUCUGGACACUAGUCGCCACAUCCCCAUUAACAUCCUCACCCAGAAAGAGAUCAUUUUCAGAAAUAUCAAGGACAUUGUGUUGCUGCAUGACAGGUCCAUCCUGCCUGGCCUAAGAGGCUGUGCCACAGAUGAUGACGUGGCAAUGCAUCUGAUCCAGCACACUGAAGACUUUGAGAAGUAUCUUCACUACAUAAUGGGUCAAGCACAAGCAGAAGCCUGCGUCGCUGACAAGGCUACCCAGCAGUAUUUCAAGGAGUUAACAGAGUCUAGUCAGCGUGAUGCUCCCUACAUGGAUGUUCUCACCUUCCUCCAGAGACCAGUGGAGAGGAUUCAAACCUACCAGGCUUUACUGAAGGAGUUGAUAAAGAACAAAGCCAAAAGUGGUCAGAGCUGCUGUCUGUUGGAGGAUGCCUUCUCCAUGGUGUCCUGUCUGCCCUGGAGGUCUGACAACCUGCACCAGGUGUCCCUCAUCGAGAACUACCCUGCUCCUCUGACUGCCCUGGGUGAACCUGUGCGACAGGGAGUCUUCACAGUGUGGGAGGAUACUCCAGAAAUGAAGACGGCCUCUAGAGGGCAUCAGAGACAAGUCUUUCUCUUCAAGGACUGCAUUGUGCUGUGUAAACUGAAAAGAGACACGCGCAUGAACAGUGUCACCUACACUUUCAAGAACAAAAUGAAGCUGAAUGACGUGGAAAUAAAGGAGACUGUGGGCGGGGAUGAAAGGUCUUGGGGUUUAUGGCACGAGCACAGGGGCUCAGUGCGGCGGUACACGCUGCAGGGCCGCUCCGCACUGGCUAAACUCCCCUGGCUCAAGGACCUGAAGGAGCUCCAGCAACGCUCCAGUCUGCCCACCAACAGUCCACCAGUGUUCGAGUCCCUGUUGUCUGACUGCACAACAAAGAUAGGACAGACUAUUAAACUGACAUGCAAGGUCACGGGAUCGCCCAAACCAGUGAUCAGCUGGCUCAAAGAUGGCCAUCCUCUGGAGGACGACCCCCGUCAUAUUAUUACAGCCGACCGCUCUGGCACCUGCAGUCUCAUCCUGGACAGUCUCACUGCAGACGACUCCGGACAGUACACGUGCUACGCUACCAGCUCCAUGGGCGCUGCUGGUACUUUGGCUAAGGUUGUGGUGCAGGCUCCACCCAGAUUUGUGAGUCGGCUGGAGAGUGCGUGUCUGAUAGAAGGAGAGGAUAUCCAGUUCAUUUGUUCCACGCUCAGCACUCCUUUACCCAGAAUCAGGUGGUUGAAGGACGGCAGAGAGUUGGCUGACCGGCAAAAAUAUUUGAUUCUGAAUGAUGUUCGGAGUGGAAUAUUGUGUCUGACAAUCAUCAGGGCAACAGAGGCGGAUAUUGGACAAUACGAGUGUGAGCUCUGGAACGAGUUUGGCUGCGUCAAGUGUAAAGCUGGCCUGUGCCCGGCUUACGUGCCACCGACUGACGAUGAGAACGACCAACCUCAGGACUUACCUCCUAAAGAUGCAGACUCAGAGGGCUGGUCCACUGCCUUUGUGAAGAAGUGGUUACAGACUGAUUUUAGCCCCACUUCUAUCGCCAAGAUGCUUUUCACUCCAGGAAACCCUGAACAGUACACCACACCCAUGGAUGAGUCGCCUCAGCAGCAUCUCUGUUACCUGGAGGAAGUGGAGGAGGAGAUUUACAUCUCUGAACCCAUGCAAGAAAUUACAGAUGCUCCUCCCUCCAUCCAGGUGCCCACUGAAGACCUGUGUGUAGAUCCUGGUCAAUCAGCUACGUUUACUGCCAUCAUCACAGGGAGGCCCGCCCCUCAGAUCCAGUGGUACAAGGAUGAAGACGAGCUUGCAGCCAAUGAGAAUGUGGAGAUGGCCCAGCAUGGUGCCCGCUGCUCACUGACCGUAGUGUGCUCUGAGGGCGAAGACAGCGGCACAUACACCUGCUUCGCCUACAACAGCUCCGGUCAUGACUCGUGCCAGGCUCAGCUCACAGUGGAGGAAGGUCCACUGGAGUGUCAGGAGAGUGAGGUGGAGCUGGGGAAGAGAAGGAAGUUGUUCUCUGUCUAUGAUGUCCAUGAGGAAAUUGGAAGGGGAGCGUUUGGAGUGGUGAAGCGUGUGGUCCACAGAAGAACAGGUGAAGUCUUUGCUGCCAAGUUCCUGCCCCUGCGGAGCAGCACUCGGACGAGGGCCUUCCAGGAGCGAGACCUGCUCUCUCGUCUGGCUCAUCCCAGAGUGGCCUGUCUGCUGGACUUCUUCUGCACCAGACGCACUCUGGUGCUGAUCACAGAAAUCUGCUGUUCUCAUGGACUUCUGGACCAUUUAUUACUGAGAGGAUCAGUCUCAGAGAAAGAGGUUCAGUCAUACAUCCAGCAAAUCUUUGAAGGUGUUGGACACAUUCACAGCAUGAACAUUUUGCAUCUGGACAUUAAACCUGAUAAUAUCCUCAUGGUAUAUCCACCCAGAGACGAGAUUAAGAUUUGUGACUUUGGCUUUUGCCAAGAAAUGGACACAUCCAGACACCAGUACAGCAUGUUUGGAACACCUGAGUUCAUUGCACCUGAGAUCGUUCACCAAGAGCCCGUCACUGGGGCCACUGAUAUUUGGGCUGUGGGGGUCAUGGCUUAUCUAUGUCUGGUGUGUCGCUGCCCGUUUUCGGGUGAGACAGACCGUGCGACACUGCUGAGAGUGGGGGAGGGGACCCUGAACUGGGACGCGCCUGAUGUCACCAGCAGGAGCCCAGAGGCCCAAAGCUUUCUCCACCUGCUCCUUCAACCAGAUCCAGAGAGGCGACCGUCUGCCUUUGAAUGCUUGAGCCAUGAAUGGUUUCAGGAUGAAAAUGCUGGAGAGGACACUGAGGAAAUUAACACAAAGAGUUUGAGAGUAUUUAUCUCAAAAACAAAAUGGCAGCGGUCUUUGACUUGCAUCGGGUCAGUGCUCACGAUGAGGCCCGUCCCCGAGCUGCUGGACGCUCCUCUCAGAGAGACGGCGGUGACGGUGCCUCGCGAGCUGCAGGAACACAGCAGCACCUCGGUGAGCAGCGGCUCGUCCUCUGAAUACGAUGAAGCAGACUCCUGGGACUUUUUCCAGCACUACAGCCCGACUGAGGAGGAGGAAGAGGAGGAGACAGAGGAGGAUUACGAUCCUUUAAUGGAGAGAGCACAGAUCCCAGAGCCUUUCCCCAAACUCCAAGUAGGUGCGGAGGAAGAGGAUGAGAUGACAUUAGGGGAGGAAGAAGAUGGAGAGAUACUAGGAAGGAGGAGUGUAUUAGAGAGGAGUGUGAGCAGGCUGUCGGUGGCGUCAUCGGAUGCAUCUUGCCAACAGACACCUCAGAGGGAGCGCAGGUUCAGCAAGGACAGCAGUCCAUCUCUCCACCUAUCGGACUGGGAUGAGGGCUCGGGAAGUGAUGGAGGUCGUAUCCCUCGGGGCAGCGUGAUCCGAAGUACUUUCUACAGCAGCUCUCAACAGCUUUCACCCUUGUCUGCUAGACACAUGUCAUUACGGGACAAAUUCAAGGCCAGAAAACAGGAGAGGGGCCGCAAACCACUCAGGAGGAGUUUCUCAGGACGCCUCAAUGAGCCCCUAAUUGAAUAUGUGGAGGAUGAGACAGAAACUAACCGUGGUCAGAGACGGGGAUCCAUCCAAGCCUCGAUACAGAAAUCCUGCUCUUUUGACAGCGGAGUUGGUCUCGCCCACGGCAACGUGCCCCCUCACAGGAGGAGCAGGUCCCUGGAUGAGUAUUCACGUCGCUCCCCGAGUUCCCCCCCGCGCACAAAGCCGGGUGACGAAGAAGGUUCUCAAAGUCUGAAGGAAGAUUUCACAGAUGAUGAAGUGGCAGGGAGGAAGUUGUUGGCCAUUCCGAGUCCACGGCGACCCACAAGAAGAAGAGGCUCCAUCGCUCCUGUACAUGGAGCUCACACACUGGGUGCAACAUCUGCUCCUUCAAACUUCCUUGCUGGAAACAGAACGGGCAACAGGCAGGAUAGGGAGCAGACAGAGGGAGGAAACACCCUUGCUGGCUCCCUGGGUUCUUUGGCUGAAUCAUAUAUUUUGGAGCCCGGUGGUUCAGAGUCUUCGAGCAGACUCGGCUCUUAUGAGGAGCUGAGUCAGGGCCAUCUCAGAGGAAGAUACAGAUCAGGAGACAGUGAAGAGUAUGAUGAUCACCAGGAGCCCCUGCUUUCGUCAUCCUCCUGCUCAUUCCAAGAAGUCAAACCCAGAGGCCCAUUUCCACAGGCACCGCCGCGUAACCGCACCCGCUCCAACCCCAGCUUAUCGCCGAGCCCCAGUCCCAGCCUCUCCUCCCUCCAGGCUCCGGAGAGGCCUCCCAGGACCAGAGACAAGAAGGAAGCUCAAGGCCUCCAGAGGCAUGCGUCAGCUCCAGCCCUGGAACUCCUACCGCCCACAGGAAAGUCACCAAGGCUGGGACUACUGAAGAUCUUCCGCAGGCAGUCGUGGACUGGUCACUCUUACUCUCAACUGGACGACCCGGAGUUAGGACCCACGUUAGGAGAGAUCAUGAAGCCUGAUACACCCACCAUGUCUCUGAGGAAGAAAAUGAGAGCUUCAGCCUCCAGCCUGACCAAGCUGUUCUCCAGAUCCUCCAGUAAAGAGGAUGUGAGUAAAGGGCCAAUAGUAAAAGGAUCAGCUGCCAUCCCAGGCGAAAGGGAAGGGGGUCUAGAGAGUACAAAGAAGAGGACAUCCAAAAUCCUGCCUUCUUUCAAAAUACCCAGAUUCAAAAAGACUAAAGAUCUGCUGGUCCGUCCCAACAAAGUUGACGUGCUUCAGUUAGAUGGAGGCGGAGUCCUGCUGGUUUGGAAACCUGUCAAGUCGAAUGACCCCAUCACCUACUGUGUGCAGUACUGUACAGAUGGUGGGGAUUGGAUGCUCCUGUCAGAGGAGGUGACGGACAGCAGCUAUGUGGCGAAGGAUUUACCGAGAGGAGCAUCGUACGUGUUCAGGGUCGGUUGCAUCACCACGACCAGAGCUGGACCUUUCAGUGACGCCUCAGCCCCUGUCGUUAUGGCGACUCACCCAGAAGAGACUCAAAUCUCUCUCAUUCAGACUGAGACCCUGGGGUCAAAGGUCACUGGAUCAGCACAAAAGAACUUCAGCUUCCUUGCUGAGAUCAACAGGGGUCGGUUCAGCGUACUGAACCUCUGCAGGGAUGUUGAGACCAGCCAAGUGUUUGCUGCAAAGAUCACCCCCUACCAGGCAGAGAAGAGGCAGCUGGUGCUGAGAGAGUACCAGCUGCUGAAGAGGCUUCACCACCCACAUCUGGUGCAGCUGCACGCCGCCUACAUCACCUCCUGCUACCUGGUGUUAGUGGAGGAGCUUUGUCCUGGCAAGGAGCUGCUAUACAGUCUGGCUGAGAGAGACCUGUAUGCAGAGUCUCACGUUGCGGAGCUGCUGGUUCAGAUUCUCGGUGCCGUCGACUACCUUCACAGCCGUCGAAUCAUCCACUUGGACCUGAAGUCGGACAACAUGCUGGUGGAUGACAACCGCUUGAAGAUUGUUGACUUUGGCUCAGCUCAGUCCUUCACACCCGGACAGCCCCUCAACGUUGAGCACAUCGAAGGCCUGUCGGGGAGCAAAGUUUAUAUUGUCCUUCCUAAAGCUCCGGAAAUCCUGGAGGGUCAGGGCGUCGGGCCUGAAACAGAUAUCUGGGCUAUUGGGGUUCUGUCAUUCAUCAUGUUGAGUGCCGACAGUCCGUUCCAGGAAGAGCAAGACAGAAACAUCAAGAAGGGGAAGAUCCAGUUUGGAUGCUGUUACCCUGGUCUGUCAGAGGGAGCCUUAACCUUCAUGAAGAGCAGCCUGAAUAACAAAUCAUGGGGAAGACCCACUGCAGCCGAGUGUCUCCAGAACCCGUGGCUCCGUGCUUAUCGUGCUCCUCACAAAGUGCGACACUCCAAGGUGUGUUUCUCCACCGACAAGCUCAAAGCGUACCUCACGCAGAAGGAGGAGAAGCGAGAGCUGGUCCGCACCAAGCUGCAGGGUCCCUUCUUCCAGUAA